AGUUGAAGCACGCCCUAUCAGACCUGUCACUAGGAGUACGAGGUAUCUUCGCCAGAAAGCUGACCAAAACGAAGGUCGCCAUAAUGAACCUGCACGAGGAGCUUGUAUUCGAUCUGUGCCGCUUGCCAACUGAAGUCCUAUGUCAUAUUUUUAUCCACUGUCUUCCCCAAACCGGCUACACGUUGCCCAACUCAAAAUCACCUCCUAUCUUGCUCACCAGAAUAUGCCGACACUGGAGAGAGGUCGCGGCGGACAUGCCCUCCUUGUGGUGCAGACUGUCCAUGAAUAUCGACCAUGCUGAUAGUAGGAACUGGCGACAAGCAGUCUUCGGCUAUGACUUGUGGCUCAAGCGCACACAAGGACGCCCCCUCUCCUUAGAAAUCAUGUGCAUCGAAAAUGACACCACCAACCUACGAAACCUUUUGCAACCUUACAUCUCUCAGAUCCUCUCUCUCAAAGUCACGUUUGACAGGGCUGUCACACCCGAAAUCUUACUAAAUGACCUCCCGGCACUUCAGAAGCUUCAAGUCGUCAUAUAUUGCGGUUUUAAAGAUCGUGAUACACUAUCACGUAUUUUGACAUCCAUCUCGCGACUCUUCACUCUGCGCAGUCUGAAUCAACGCGCCGGAUGAUUGCCACGGCAUUAAGUGCCUAUUCCACCUCAACUUGACAAGUAUCGACCUGUUUGCAAGCUCCCCAGCCAACAUCGUAAACUUACUCCAAAAUUUUCCCACCCUCUCCUCGUUGAAAAUCCAGGUGCUCAUCGACGACGGCCUACCCUGCGAACCGUUUACCCACUCCACCAUCC